CAUGGCAAUCAGUCAGCAGGUAGGUCGCGGCCGGGCGGGCCCCGCGCCGGCCCCGGCCCGGGUCCGAGGCGCGCGGACUCGCGGCACCGAUCCGGUCUCCGUCCGCGCCUGCUCGCAGUUCCUCCUCGCCAGCCUGCUGCUGGCCUGCAGCGUGCUCGGCAGCCCGCCGGCGCCGCCCGGCGCGGAGCCGGCCGUCGGCUUCGAGCGCGGCAAGGCCCGCUGGCCCGGCGGCCAGCCGACCGACGGCUCGGGGCACGGCGCGGCGGCCGCGGUCGUCAAGCGGCUGCCCGUCGAGGACAAGUCGUCGAAGAAGAGCACCGCGCCGCCGCUCGACGCGGCCCGCUGCCAGGAGGUCAGCGCCCGAGGCGGCGCGGGCAGGUGCCUCAGGUGCAAGGAGCCGAGCAGCGGCGCCACUUACGAGCACUGCACCUACAGCUCGGCUCGGCCGAAAGCCCGGGGUCCGCGAUCGAGCGACAGCGGGCUCGCCGCCUCGCAGCCGGCGGGUUACCGCUUCGGCGAUGACUUCUUCCAGACCGAGUCGGCCGAGCCCGGCGCCGGCGGCGAGCUCGAGCCGAGCUCCAGCGACGACUGCCGGCGCGAGCGGCGCGACUCGAUGCUGUGCAUGGUUUGCAAGGAUCCGAAGACCAACGGCAAGUACGAGCAAUGCUCGUACGUGGGCGGCCGCCAGUCGCAGCCGCCGUCGCAGCCGCAGCCGCGGGCUCGGGCGCAUCAGCACCGCGAGCCGCGGGGCAAGGAGCACAAGGCGGAGCGCCGCAAGCACCGGCGUCGCGACGAGGCCGAGAGACUCGGGGCCGGCUCCAGCGAGGAGGCGGCGGACGACCAGGGCUCGCGCAACACCUACCUGGGCUACCCCAGCUUCAUCGGCGGCCAGUCGAGCGGCGGUGGCGGUGGUGGUGGCGGCGGCGACGGCGACGGCGACGACGACGGGGAGGCGGCGGCGGACGAGGCUCCGCGCAACGAGAAGCUGCGCUCCGCGGACAAGGGCUGCCGGAGCGUGAAGAGGGACGGCGAGAGUUGCACCGUGUGCACGGACCCCGACACCGGCGCCAAGUCGGAGAAGUGCAACUACAGCUUCGAGCCCAAGGACAAGGCCUACGCGUACAGCAAGUCCCAGAGCUUCGGUUACCCCGACGGCGGCGGCAAGAGCCACAAGCGGCCGCAGCCGCAGCGCCAGCGGCACGACGACCACUUGGACGAGGAAGACAGCGCCGACGAGGAGGGCUACCACGCCGAGGCGGAGAGCCGCGCGGAGAGCGCCGAGGACUACGGCGCCAGCUACGCCAGCCCCGAUUACAUCCGGUCCGAGUCCGAGCGCAUCUCCAAGACGCUGGCGGACAAGGGCGAGUGCCGCGAGGAGCGCCGCGACGGCAUGCUCUGCCGGGUGUGCAAGGAGCCGCACAGCGGCGACGACUUCGAGCAGUGCAACUACUCGUACGAGCCCGACGACAAGGUCUACGCCUACAGCAAGUCCAAGCACUUCGGGAGCGCGAGCCCCGGCAGCGGCGAGUCCGAGGAGCCGGCCGGCCAGCCCGAGGAGAGCGCCCACGCGUCCUCGGUGCUCGACUACCUGCCCAAGCCCGGCGGCCGCUUCCCGAGCUUCGCCACGCCCUCGCCGACGCUCGCGGCCGCGCCCGGGGAGGCGCCGCCCGCGCGACAGCUCGACUCCGGCUCCCGAGUGGACAGCGGCUUCGACGGCGCGACGAAGCGCCGCGCCGAGAUCGAGCGCAUCACCCGGGCGAUGGGCGCGCGCGACCGCUCGGGCUGCAGCCGCAGCCUGCGCCGCGGCAUGACCUGCUACAGCUGCAAGGACGACAAGGGCUUCAGCAACGAGGAGUGCGUGUUCGUCACCGAGCCCGAGGGCUCGGGCGGCGCGGCGCCGACCACGGCCGCGCCGGCCGCGCCGGCCGCGGCAGCCGCGGCAGCCGGGCGCCGGCGCCGGCGCAGCCACGAGGCCGGCCGCCAGGAGGAGCGCGAGCGCCAGCCGCCGGCGGACGAGGAGCUCGCCGAGGCGGAGGCAUACGACUACGUGGCCGAGACCAGGCCGGUCUACGACGCGGUGCUCGGCCUCACGCUGCCCGCCUACAUGGUCAACCCGUCCAAGCAGGAGCUGGACUUCGACCGGUCCGCGGAGAACGCCAAGCCCUGAGCCCGCGCUGCCGGGUCCGACCCGGACCGCUGCACCCGAGUGCCCGUUGCGCUCGGUCGCCGCACCACCUGCUGCGCGCGCCGACGACCGCCCGACGGCCCGACGGCCCGACGGCCCGAUGUAAUUGUCCUCGUGGAAUAAAGGAACAGUGCGAGUA